CUCCCCGCGCAGCACGAUUGGCGCGACGUGGGUGGCAAGAGCUACGUGACCGCCGAUGUGAACCAGCACAUACCCGAGUACUGCGGCUCGUGCUGGGUCCACGGGACGGUGGCCGCGCUCAACGACCGCGUCAAGGUGAUGCGGGGCGGCGCCUUCCCCGACGUGAUGCUCUCACGCCAGGCGCUGAUCAACUGCAUCCCCGACGACUCUCGCAACAAGUCCAAGCCGCCGCCCGGCUGCAACGGGGGCGACGCGUGGAUGGUGCACUCAUACCUCACCAACAGCACGGUGGGCGACGAGACGUGCCAGCCGUACGAGGCGCGCAACGGCGUGUGCAACCUCGCGGGGGUGUGCCGCAACUGCGCGUCCGACAAGAAGGAGGGCUGCUGGGGAGUGCCUUCCUUCACCGGGUUCGGCGUGUCCGAGUACGGCACGGUGUCGGGCGAGAAGGCCAUGAUGAAGGAGAUCCUCGCCCGUGGGCCCAUCGUCUGCGGCGUCGUCUCCGACGGCCCCUUCCUCCACAACUACAGCCAGAAUGCGGGCAAGCACGAGGGCGUCUACAUUGACCGGUCGAAGCACACGCCCGACGACAUCGACCACGACGUGUCGGUCACCGGCUGGGGCGUCACCCGCAGCGGCGUCAAGUACUGGAUCAUCCGCAACUCCUGGGGCACGUACUGGGGCGAGGGCGGCUGGUUCCGCCUCGAGCGCGGCAUCAACUCGCUGAUGAUUGAGGAGCAGUGCGACUGGGCGGUCCCGAGC